GGGAAUAUGGGUUCAGAGAAAAGCAAGAUACUGAUAAUUGGAGCAACUGGGUAUAUUGGAGAAUACAUGGUGAAGGCUAGCUUGUCAAUGGCUUAUCCAACUUAUGCUUAUGUUCGUCCACUCAAAGCAAGUGAUACCCAUUAUUCUUCAAAGCUUCAACUUCACAGGCAGUUCCAAUCCAUGGGAGUCACUGUCUUCCAAGGAGAAUUGGAUGAGCAUGAGAAGCUGGUUUCGGUGCUUAAACAAGUAGAUGUUGUCAUUUCAACUCUUGCUGUUCCUCAAUACCUUGACCAGCUCAAAAUAAUCUCUGCCAUGAAGAAAGCAGGCAAUAUUAAGAGGUUCGUUCCUUCGGAAUUUGGUAAUGAAGUGGACAGAGUAAGUGGGCUACCACCCUUUGAGGCCAUUCUCGCCAAUAAACGACGAAUUCGAAGGGCAACAGAAGUCGCCGGAGUGCCAUAUACUUAUAUAUCUGCAAACUCUUUUGCUGCAUAUUUUAUCAAUUACCUCCUUCGUCCAUAUGAGAAAACUGACCAGUUUAUUGUUUAUGGCAAAGGUGAUGCCAUGGCUGUGCUGAAUUAUGAGGAAGAUGUUGCAGCCUAUUCUGUGAGAGCAGCGACAGAUCCAAGAACAACUAACCGUGUCAUAAUCUGUCGACCACCAGGAAAUAUUAUAUCUCAAUUAGAUUUGAUAUCUCGUUGGGAGAAGAAGACAGGAAGAACCUUCAAAAAGAUGCAUAUACCUGAGGAAGAAAUUGUCAAGCUUUCAGAGACCCUAACAUUUCCAGGAAAUAUCCCAGUGUCUAUACUACACAACAUAUUCAUCAAAGGUGAUCAAAUGAGUUUUAAACUCACAGCAGAAGAUCUGGAAGCUUCCAAGUUAUAUUCUGACUAUAUGUACACUUCAAUUGAUAAACUUCUUGAUCGUUGCUUAAUUAAUCCACCUAAGCCCAAACGGGUAGCAUUUGCAUGAGACUCGAACUCUUACUUUUAAGAUUAAAUAGCUCGUAAGUUGUGGGUUACCUUUGUAAUGAAAUAAACAACCGUUCUAUUUAAAUUGGUG